AUGGAACAGACUCAUGAGAAGCCUGCUGCGGACCAUGUUCUCCAGACUCCCCUCUGGGUCAUGAUAAUCCGCGGAUUGCAGUUUCUAUUCUCUCUUAUCGUCCUCGGUCUCUGUGCUAGGCUUGUACACGAUGCUAGCUUACCCGAGGAACUGUUCUGUAUCGCUGUUGCAGUCAUAACAUGGGUUGUCAUAGCCUACGCAGUCCUCACCGAAAAGAUCUCCAGCUUCCGAACCGCAUACCACAUCAUCGCUGUUAUCUGUCUCGACGGCCUUAUGGUUAUCCUCUGGCUCGCAGCUUGGGCGGCCACCGCUGCUCGACGUGCCAAAUAUGUCGUCCCUGUCAACACUUACGGGUGUUACGAUGACGGAAGCCUCUCAGAUAGCAAGACCUGUAACAUCUUUAAGCGUGACGGCGAGGAUGUCAUUCUUUUCAAGUCUGGUCUUGCUAUGCUUGCCGCCGCUGCAGGCGUUGGUGCCCUGGUCUGGCUCCUCUUCAUUGCGACUUUCGUCUGGACCUUGGUCAUGUUCCUCCGUGGACGCAAGGAAGGUCGCUUCCCCGUUGAUACUUCAGCCUUGACAACCCCCAGCAACAACUAUCAAAUGGAGAACAAGGUCUCAGAAGCUCAGCCCAUGACUCAACCCCAGCCUCAACAGGGCCAAGCUGUUCCUCAGUACCAGCAACAGCCUGCUCCCGGCCAGUUUGAUCCUCAGCAACAGCAGCAAUAUCCUCCUCAGAGUGCUCCUAGUCCUUAUCAACCGGCCCAAAGCCCAUACCAACAACAGGGCGCUUAUCCCCCUCCCCAAGCAGCUCCUUACUCCCCUCAAGAUCAGCAGUUCCAAGGACAGCAGAACUAUGGGCAAUACCCUCCUCAGCAGCAGUACCAACAGCCUCCUCAAACUUACGGAAGUGAGCUCUCUGGCUCUACACCUCCUCCUCCUGCCACUUCGCCGCCUCCUCACCAGCCUUACCCUCCCCAGGCGUAUCCUCAACAGUAG